UUAACAAAGUGGUGAGCAUUUGUUUGCGUGCAAUAUUUACUCUCCCAUGCGCGCUGUCUUCUUUCUUCUCUUUGCUCCUUAUUUUUCAUCCAAAUAAAUUUCAAUGUCUCGGCUACCGUUUAAGCUCAACCAAAGCGAACGAGAGAAGGGAAAACAAUUCGUUCACUCGCUCGUCUGCGCUCUACCUCAUGCAAAUGUAUGCAAAUCACUCAGAGUCUAAUAUACUUUUUGCACAUAUUUCAACAUCAUCGUUGUAUGUUUCCCAUUCAUGCAAAUACACGAAAAUAGACGCGAACGAAUAAGAAAAGAAAAUCGAAGAAAUGUUGCCAUCGAUACAUAAUUUAGAUAAAAAUAAAAGCGGUUAGAGUUCAUAUUCUCGAUAGUUUUCCUCUUUGUUUGCGUAAGUGUCUGGUCGAACGAGUAAUAUUCUUGGCAAUAUUACAUGAAUCGAAUGGCGCUCAUCAAUCAAAUUACCUUUCAAACGGAAAGAAGUGUGCAUUGCGCCAAGCUCAGUUUCAGUUUCAGUUUCAUUCUAGCUCAGUUUAUGUUUGCAUGUGCUGCUGCUGCGGCUGCUGCUGCUGCUGUUGUUGUUGUGGUUAUUUUUGUUGUUGUUUUCUCUUUCGGCUGGCAUUGCUGGUUAUUGUUAAUAUUUUAUUAUUCUUCUUUUCCAUUUCAUUCACUUUCUCGAUAUUACGUUGACCUUCAUUACAUGACAAUAUGGCUAACGAAGUGCCAUGCAGAAACACAUAAAAUGUAGCGAAUGCUCUUGAAAGAAUGUGAUAAUAUGGGUGAAAAUAAGAAAACUUUUCUCUUCUCUUCUUUCCACCGGUUUGAUUUGUGUGUAUGGUAUUACUGCUGCUGCUUAUUCUUCUUCUUCUUCUUUCGUUUGCAUGAACUUGCACAAUGUUGCGAAGCCCACUCAAUGUUAACAUACGAUCAUUGGAACCGGUUCUGUACAUUAUUUCAUUGCAUUGUUAUUUCCAUACAUAUUUUAAAUGGUCUAUUUAUAAACGGAGCGUGUUUUCAUCAUCUCUCGAACAGAACCAACGCACAAAACAAUAAGGAAGAACAAUCGGUUGAUUUUUUUCUCUUCGUAUUAUCGUUUCUUUUCUUUCUUUCGUGAGCACAGAACGUGAAUAAGAACCAUUAAGGAUGGGCACCCGGACAGCAACCAAUUCACUUGUGAAACGUACCGCGUUUUCGUCAGCAAUCAACAUUUUUCCAAAUGAAGUGCCGACAUCGACGACGCCUGAGAUUGUCGCCGAAAAUGAGUCCACGAAAAAUGCACAGAUUCGACCAUACUCAGAGGUGCCCGGCCCAAAGGGACUACCACUCAUCGGAAAUUCAUGGCGUUUCGCACCACUUAUCGGUCAAUAUCGUAUUCAAGAUUUGGACAAAGUCAUGUACUCACUGAACAAACAGUAUGGGAAAAUCGCAAAAGUUGGUGGUCUUAUUGGGCAUCCGGAUUUAUUGUUCGUGUUUGAUGGCGAUGAAAUUCGAAAUAUUUUCAAAAAAGAAGAAACUUUACCACACAGACCGUCAAUGCCAUCAUUACAUCACUAUAAAUCGAAGCUGAGGAAGGAUUUCUUUGGUGAUGACGCUGGUUUAAUUGGAGUGCAUGGCGAAAAAUGGGAUAAUUUCCGUGCACAAGUUCAACAUGUGAUGCUGCAACCGUCAACCGCUCGCAAAUAUAUUAUGCCACUUAAUGAAAUUGCCAACGAUUUCAUGGAUAG